AUGUUGAAUAUUAAUUUCUCAUCAUUGUCACAGUCCGAUAAAAAUUAUAUUCUCGAGCAAAUUAAAUGGAAUGAUUGUUCGUGUUUGGAGAAAGUAAACGAAACUUUAAAGAAGGACCGAGAAUUCGUUUUGGAAACUAUUAAAAAACAUGGAUCAGCACUCGAAUAUGCCGAUGAAUCCCUCAAGCAAGAUAGAGAAUUUAUAUUGACAGCUGUCAAAACGAAUGGAAAUUCAUUUCGUUACAUUGAUGAAAAAUUUAAAAAAGAUCGAGAAAUUGUUUUGGAGGGAUUUAAAGAAAAUUUAUCUGCACUUGAAUAUGCUGAUAAAUCAUUGAAAAAAGAUCGAGAUUUCAUGUUGACAGCUGUCAAACAAAAUGGACUAGCUCUUCAACAUGCGGAUAAAUUAUUAAAAAAGGAUCGGAAAAUAGUAUUGGAAGCUGUUAAGGAAAAGGCAUAUGCUUUUAAAUAUGCCAAUAAAUCAUUUACAAAGGAUAGAGAAUUUAUGUUGGAGGCAAUUGAAUCAAAUCCGUAUGCAUUUGGAAAUGCCAAUGUUUCGUUUAAAAAGGAUCGACAAUUCAUGUUGGAUGCUGUGAAGAGAAAUGGACUAGCUCUUCACUAUUAUCAAGAUGAUUUAUUUAGGAAAGAUAGAGAAAUUGUAUUGGAGGCAGUUAAAACAAAUGGGAAAAUACUCAAACAUCUCAGCGAAUCAUUUAGGAAGGAUCGAGAAGUGGUGUUUCAAGCUUUUCAGAAUUGGAAAAAAGCACUGAAAUAUGCGAGUGCAUCACUCAGGAAUGACAAACUCUUUCUCUAUUGGAUUUCCAAGCAUGAUUUGAAUACAGCUCGAGAAUAUUCACCACACCUCGUUCAAAUCAUUGAGAAUCACAGCAAAUUGCAGACUAAACUGUCAACGAAUAUUAUUGACAUUUACUCGAAAAGUUUCAGUGAUGAAAAUGAAUUGUAUUACUGUUUGGAGUUGCCUAAGAAUAAUCCAAAAUCAAAGAGUACACUUUUCAAUCUCAAUCCAACCUAUUCUACUGUAUUCAUUGAAAAAUUAGUGAUAUUUCAAAUAUGGAAACGAUUGACUGAAUCAACAAUUGAUAUUUUCUAUUUGGAAUCUCCAAAUUACUAUUUAUUUUGUUUCAGAUUGGAGAAAUUUUUAGAGGAAAAUAGUACUCAACCAAUUGGUUUGAAGGAUUUGAAGAGAGUUGUGGAAACUAUUUCAUCCAAAUUCGAAACAUCACAUUAUAACAAGAAGGAAACCAGUCAGAUACUUUACUUUUUUACAAAAUGGACAGAAAGCGAGAAGACAUUCAACAAUUACAAACAAAUAUUAUCAAAAUAUAAUGAGCUACAUGGAGACUUGUCUAAAAUAUUCAGAGCUAUGAAUCAGUAUUACAAUUAUUUCAGUAAUGAUUAUGAUUUUAUUUCGAUAUUGGGACAUGGAGGUGAAGGAGUGGUAUUAAAGGUAUUCCAUAAAUCGAGUAGGUCACUUAGAGCUGUUAAAUUCAAAUAUAACACCGAGGAAAGCGAAGAAUCUGGGAAUGAAUUACUGAAAUUAUUGAGACGAAAAGAUUUGACUGGAAAGAUCAAUUACUUUGAUUGUGGAAUGAUACAUAAUCACCUCUAUUCUGUCAUGGAAUUGGGCGAGGAAUCUCUGGCAGAUUACAUAUCGAGGAAUUUUGAAAUUUACAUGAAUCGAACUGCAAAAUCUAAAGACAAACUGAUAGAAAUUCUUCAAAUAUUUAUCAAAGUAUUGGAAUCAGUCAAGUCCAUACAUGAUCACAACAUUUUACACAGAGAUUUGGAUCCACAAAAUAUUGUCAAAAUUCAAGAUGAGUACAAGAUUAUUGAUUUUGAAACUUCAAAGGUUAUCAAGACAGGAAACUCAAUCACCAUUGCUCGUGGAAAAUAUUCAUACAUGUCACCUGAAGUGUCACAUGACAGUUACACAGAUGACAUGUUAAAAAAUGGUGAUGAAAUGAAACUAGCUCAUAAUAUUGGAAACAUUACAAUUUCAUGCGAUUUAUUCUCAUUGGGAUGUAUUCUCUUAAAAUUACUAACCAAUGUUCCAUUACAAUUGGAUGAGCAAUUUAUUCAUGAUUCGGAUAUUUCAAAAUAUAAUGAUAAUUUUACCUAUUUUAAUGUGUAUGGAAAGUACUUCUUCACUGUCGUGACGACAUCUGAAGGAGAAAUGAAACUACACUAUGCCAUUGAAAAAUUAAUCAAUAGCUCAAUUAUGGAGGAGUAUGGAGUGAAUCAUUUAUUGAUUCGAUGUAUCAUUACAAUGAUUCAAAGAGAUUCUUCCAAGAGAUUAUCUUGUCGUGUGCAUAAAACUACACUGGAGAGUGUGGUCAAGUUUUUGAAAGGAGAAAGCAAAGAAUUGAAGGAGAUUACUGAUUAUAAGGAAAUUAUAUCACUGAAAAGCUAUUCUCAAUUGAUUGAGGAAAAUAAGAAACUAAACGAAAAUCAGAAAGCAUUGGAGGAGAAGAUUAAAAUCUUGGAAGAGGAAAUAAGGAAAUGGAAACUAAAUAGUCAAUAA